AUGCCCGGACCAACAAAAUCCAAUGCCAAAGCGCCAACCACCCCUUCGCGAGCGCCAACACCUCCAUGCACCCCCAUCGAUGAAAGUCCCCGGCGGAGCGUGACACCAGGAGAUGGGUAUCAGCAUUCCGAACUGAAAGAACUCGUAGAAGCUCUUCGCGAAACCAGGGUGGAUUCCAUCACCUCCAAACCCAAUCCCUCGGAAGACACUGCAGGUGGGUUUGCCAGCCCUAAGCAAGAUGGUAGAAAGGUUGUUCAGGAACUGGAGACUGUGUUGAAUAAUGAUUCUCAGCUGAAGCCGCAAGAGCAGGAGAUAUCCUUCUCACGCAACCCCGAAUCAGAAUCACCCGUGCUUAUGGAUACAUAUAUGUCAGACAUACCACCCACUUGGAUGGAAUGUGAUCCCAUAUUUAUGGAUAACGAGAACGUUGGUUUCGAUCCUGCGAUGAAAGAAUGUUCCGAGAUGAGAAAUUCACCCAAAGCCAGCAAAGAAAGGGGAAAAGUGAAGAAUUAUGCCAGGGCACGCGUGAUUGCCAACCCCACUGACUCCUUCGAGGACCUCGCAGAGGGCAACUAG